CGGUGCUUUGCCUGCAUUCCAACCCUCAUCAAAUCCUGAAAGAGAGCAGAGGGGGGAAAUCCAUAAAUAAUACCAUGGUGAGAUCGGCCCGUUUUGAAGAUCGGCACAUGGACGCGCAUUCUCAGGAAUCGGCCUCGAUUGGACUCGGAAACUGCGAAGAAACGCACGGCUGUGAUCUACUUUUGAUUUCUUUUCAGCACUAAAGCGAGAGAAGCUCGAUGGGGGACACACAGAAACGUUUUCUUUUUCAGUUUUAAAGAGGAACGCAAAAUGGCAGAUGACAGACACCAAUAGCGAGAUCGGCUCCGUUUUCCCUUAAAAUAUGAAGGGCUACCCGUUUAUUUUUGGACGUGUGUCGGAAUACGACAUUAGAGCUGGUUGCCUUUAAGCACUUUCUUUUUUCCUCGCCUUUUCUUCUCUGUGCAGGAAUCAAAGGACAUGGACACCAGCCCCGCGCAGUAGGGAAGCGAUACAAAGUAUUUCAAAUGUAACAUUUAAUGAUACAUUGAAACAUUCGGUGUUACACCGAGUAAAGCCUUUGGUGGGGCGCUUUAAAGAGAUCAAAGUGACGGCACUUGGCAGUCCGGUUUCCUUUAGACUUGGGAGUAUAUGGACGGGUUACAUACCAGUGUAUGUUUUCUCACUGUUCCUUUGUUAUAAUGAGGGGGAAGUGUAGUAUGCUUGUAGUCUACACGUAUGUGUAGGGAUUAACCGAUCGGUUAGCGGGGGUCGUUUUCUGUGAAAUUAAAUUACAAAACGCGCUCAUUCGAAUGCGAGAGAAGGAUAUUUGUACGUAAAGUGUAAUACUCGUCUGUGUUGAGAGAUCCAGCGGAAAGAUUAUAAUCCUCUUCAUGUCAGCGUGAUGCUAUUUCAACAGCGGGUGCGCAACUAAACUAUAACGUUGUCACGCAUAUACAAAUAAACGAAAAUCGGGAGAAGAAUAAUUCGCUUCAUAAACCAGUCUCUUGCUUAAGGCUGUUCUCGAAAAAAGGCCUGUCGGCUUGACUUAAGCUCCCAAACGAGAGCUGUCAGCCGCGCAGACAGGAUUAUUCAUAGUCGUCAUAGAUAAAUAGUGGGCGCAAGAAUCAUCGUUACACACUCGGAAUAUAAACUAGCGUGUUGGCAUUUAAAGUCACAAGACAGAAAAGUCCACUUCACUGCUUUGGCUGUAAUACAAAAUUCUCGGGACGCCUACAGUUGACACGAACGAUAAAAGAAGUGGGUGGUGUAACGUUGCUGCCUUGAGCAAAAGUGUGUUGUGUGAAACUAUAAUUUUCUUUAGCGUUUGCACAAAGUUGAGGUUUGUUCAUCUCUCACCGUCUGUGACUGACAGAGGAACUUGAGAAAGUUGAGAUUCUCCAAACGCCUCAACAAGGUUUUAUGCAGUUUUCCACUUGACUUUAAAGUUUCAGGCCAGCCGUGAACUUCAAAGCGUCGAAGAUGGCAGAGAAUUGGAAAAACUGUCUCGAGGAAGAGCUAAUAUGCCCCAUUUGUUUGAAUGUGUUCGCCGAGCCGGUUCAACUUCCUUGCAAACACAAUUUCUGCCGCGUGUGUAUAAAUGAGGCCUGGUCGAAAGAUUCAGGAAUGGUACGCUGCCCCGAGUGCAACCACGCCUACAGCCAAAAACCCAGUUUGGAGAAGAACCACAAACUUUCUAACAUCGUUGAGAAGUUUAAUGCUUUAAAUGUCGAGAAGACGCCAGCGGUCUUGCACUGUAUCUUGUGUCGCCGUGGUCCUCCGCUCCAAGCCCAGAAGGUUUGCCUUAGGUGUAACGCACCCUGCUGCCAUUCCCACGUACAGACUCAUCUCCAACAACCCUCUUCCAAUGCCGGACACUUACUGGUGGACACUGAGGACGUCAGGGCCUGGAGCUGUCCACAGCAUGAUGAGUACAGACUGUAUCAUUGUGAAACCGAGCAUGUGGCCGUCUGCCAAUACUGCUGCUUCUCCAGAUGUGCCACCAACCACGGCCAUGCCGUGUGUGAUAUUGAAGUCAGGCGAAAUGAUAUCAGGCAAAUGUUGAUUAAACAACAAGAUCGGAUUGAGGACCGGGUUCAAGACAUCGAAGAGCAACUCUACAAACUAGAAUCUGACAAAUGUCUCAUGGAAGACAAAGUGCAGCAUCUGAAGGAGGAGGUACAACUGCAGUAUCAGAAAAUGCAGCAGCUUUUGGAGGAAGAUCUAGGGAAGACCCUGGAGGUUCUGGAUAAAGCCCAUUCCAAGUUCUGCCAGGAGAACUCGGCCCAGGCCCUCCAGCUUCAUCAGAAACAGCAAGAGGCCAAGAAACUGCUCGGCUCCAUCCAGAUGGUUUUCGAUAAGGCAGAGGACAUCGGUUUUAUGAAGAACACAAAGUCUGUAAAAAUACUAAUGGACAGGUCUCAAUCAUAUGUGGGCGGCACAUUAUCAACGUACAAAGUGGGCAGCCUCAACUCCAAGCUCUUUCUAUCCGAAAUCUCUAAAAGAGAGAAAAACCUCUGCAAAAUGCUGGAAGCUCCGUUCAGCGCUCCUGCCAACUUCUUCCAGAGUAUUCCGGCGUACCUGUGCGAGAAGCGCAGGCAUUCCGUGGCGUUCCCUGAAGGCAGCGGGAGCAACCGAGCGGGCGCUAGCUUCAUGGAUUCUUCCUCUUCAUCAGGCUCUGCAGCUGCUAAGCAACCAUGCCUAAGUCUCACUCAAGGAUCCGCCCCGGGCGAGGGACAGUCCUCCCAGCAAGCCCUAGGGCCGUGCAGCUCCUCCCAGCACGUAGGAACCAGCAGCUCAGCCUCCGGCUCUCAACCCCUACCCCAUUCCGCAUCCGUAUUUCCCCACUCCCAUUACCCAAACACCAGCGCCUCCCAGCUGCCCCAAUACGGAGCGCGGAAGAUCCUGAUGUGCACGGUUGACAAUUGUUACUGCUCAGGGGUGCCUUCCGUGUCUAACCACCGUGGACAUCCGCCGUACCCUCGCUCCAGUUCCUUCCCCUGGCCGGUAAGCUCGCAGGAGUACGCGCAUGGCCCUCUGCCCUCUGCGCCGGCCAUGUCGCAGCCUCUCCAGAGCUUGUCCAUGCGGGACUGGAUCGACGCCUCGCAGUCGCACAGGCACACUGACUUCUACAGCCUCUACGGCCAGUCUUCCACCAAGCAUUACGUCACCAGUUAACCCGUGCUGUAGUGACUGCUACCAGUCACCAGGUGUGAGAAAUGCACGUGGGGCAUUUUUGUACACGGAUCAACCAUUUAGAAUAAACUUCUGAAGCAGUGGAAAAGUUAAUAUCACAAAGUCAAGCAUAGCUUUGCACAAUAUUUAGGCACUAAUGGUGUUGUGAUGAUAUACCAUGAAUGCAAGUUGCUCUUCUAGAAACACUCAGUUCUUGCAGGGGAUGCAGAAAUAAUGGAGGUUGCUGUCAUCGGUAAUGUGGCACUUUCUUUGGUAAAAUCAAAAUUUUCGCAAUUACGGUUGACUCGUUGGAUGAAACAAUGGAUGUCAGCUGUAAAAUGAUUUAGUGAUCGCCUAAUUGUCUACUAUUGAGAGAAUUGUAGCCCACAAAAGUUUUAUUAUCUUCACAUGGUUGUUAUUUGUUGGAUUACCCAUAUGCAGCAUGUGCGAGAACUCUGUAUAGUUUCACAGCCUUCCAUAUUUCUGCUUGUUUUCGCUUAAAUUGGAGUCUGUGGUCUUUUUAUUCAUCACAAAUAGCACAAGCACAUGUUAGCUUGGAUUUUAACGGCCACCUUGUGACGUUUUUACCAGGCACGUGAGGAUACUCAUACCGCACGGCGUUGUCACGAUUUCCAUUCACUUUUGGUUCACUGGAAAUGCUCUUUACGUUGAUUCGUGGUUUUGCUCAGGCUUCCUAAGUAACGGGCCUUGACCGGUUCGAGAACGUUUCAGCGUUCAGUCCGGACCUCAUUCCGUCUCUCACGCCCUUCGAAGCCACAGAAAUGCUCCCCUUUACAUACUGUGUGUUAAACACAGGAUGUAUUGGUUUCGCAUUCUUUCGUUUAGCCUCGGUCUCUCAUUAUAUCUGACUCGACGGCGGCUUUAGCGCUAACGUGUCAGUCGCUGACAAAAUGGCCCAGAGGGUCACGGUGCACUUGAUUCCUUCGCAUUUGCUGUCAAUGCUGUAAUUGUUCUUCCUUGUGUUUCAUAGCAUUUCCGGCUCCGAGCAACAGAGCCUCCGACUUCCUGUUUGUUGCUGAGUGCAUGUGGAAAAGAGUUUAUAUGCACUCGUAGAAAAAUAAUAAAACUGCUAGCAGUUAUAAAAAGACUUUGAAACAGGGAAUGAGAUUUUUUUUUUAAAGAAGUUAUGUAAAGGAAAUGUUGACCAAUGAACGUUAUUAUACUAACUAAAUGCUGGGGAUGAAAUGGAGGGAAAGUUUUCUGUUGUAAAUAUUUUGUGAAACGAAAAAGACUUGUAAUUUGGAAAAAAAACAUGUUGAAAAUAAAGGAUAAUUUCAAAAUGG